CAUAUGAUCGGGCAAUUGAAACUCUACCCGGCACUUCUAUCCUGUAUAUGGAUAUCAAAACGCACGUAUGUGUCACUUCUAACCGGUAUAUGAAUAUCAAAAUGCAUGUAUGUCCAUGUUCGGGACAUGUGAUUAGACUGAAACUCUGAAAGUGCAUCGAGAUUUGAAGCAACUUCGGAUUAGGACUACAGACCAUCCAAAAACUUGCAAAUUUUGUUUCACUACUCACACACUACUAGUAGUAGUAAAAAGCGGGAGAGCCUGGGGACCCACUUAUCCUACCAUCUUCCACACAUUCAAAUGCCAACGUCUACUGCUGCCCAAAUACAGUUACUUCACAGCCAACAAACCAGAAAAAGAAUCUACCCAAAUACUACUACAAUGGCUGCAUCCUCUCUCCUACCCAAAUCCAUCUCACCAUUUCCCAGAACCCCAACUCCAAAGUCCCCUCUAACCCACUUCCCUGCCGCCUCCUUCUCCACCCCACAACCGCCACACCUCCACCCUCUUUCCACCCUCAAAACCACCACUCUAAUCCCAAAUGCCAAGAAAAACCACUGGCUCGAUCCGUUUGACGACGGUGGAGACCCCGACAACAUAGAGUACGGCUCCAUGUUCGAGGACAGCAAUCAAGAGCCGUACAUGUUUGCUGACGGCAAGCAAGAGGAAGACCCAUCGCUGCCUGACAACCCAGAUAACCCGUACGGGUUCCUCAAGUUCCCUAAGGGAUUCAGUGUUGAAGUUGCCUCACUGGGGUCGAAACUCAGGGGAGAUGUGCGGCGGUGUUGCUGCAUGAUUUCCGGAGGCGUGUACGAUAAUUUGCUGUUCUUCCCGGUGAUUCAGUUGAUCAAGGAUCGGUAUCCCGGAGUUCAAGUGGAUGUGGUGACGACGGCGAGAGGGAAGCAGUGUUAUGAGUUGAAUAAGAAUGUGAGGUGGGCUGAUGUUUACGAUCCUGAUUUGGAUUUUCCAGAGCCGGCCGAGUAUACUGACAUGAUUGGAUUAUUAAAGAAUAGGUACUAUGAUAUGAUCUUAUCCACCAAACUGGCAGGCCUUGGCCAUGCAGCAUUUUUGUUCAUGUCGACAGCCCGCGAGAGAGUUAGCUACGUAUACCCCAAUGUAAAUGCUGCUGGAGCUGGAUUGUUUCUAUCGGAGACAUUUACUGCUGAUACCAUGAAUCUUUCCGAGGGUGGAUAUCACAUGUACCGCCAGAUGAUUGAUUGGUUGGGAAGACCAUUUCGCAAUGUACCAAGGCAACCGGUGCCUCCACUGAAGGUGUCGAUAUCAAGGAAGGUGAAGGAGGCUGUGGAGGCAAAAUAUAAGAACGCCGGUGCACAGAAAGGGAAGUAUAUAGUGAUUCAUGGGAUUGAAUCGGAUUCAAAAGCUUCUAUGCAAUCUAGGGGAGAUCCUGACAGCCUGCUACCCAUCCGAGUUUGGGCUGAAAUUGCAGAGGCAAUAAGUGGAGUGAGGCCGGUCUUUGUCAUUCCACAUGAGAAAGUAAGAGAAGAUGUCGAGGAAGAAGUUGGAUACGACACUAGUAUCGUCUUCAUCACUACCCCUGGGCAGCUUGCUGCUCUUAUCAAUGACUCUAUAGGGGUAAUAGCCACAAAUACAGCAGCCGUCCAAUUUGCCCACGCGCGUGGAAAACCCAGCAUUGGGCUGUUUUCUUCUGCUGAGAAGGGAAAAGUAUUUAUGCCAAACGCGGAAGAGAGAAAAUGCACGAUCGUGUCAUCUACGACAGGAAAAUUGAUAGAUAUCGAUGUCGAAGCUGUUAAAACUGCCGUCCAGAUUUUUCAGAUGCCCCUAGCUUUUGUAUAGAAGAAACGCGUUCGUUUUGCCAUUGAGUUUUUGUUCAUUUUUUCGUCCACUGUACACUGCCAAGCCAAGUUAUGAUCAAUGUGACAUCAGACUAAGUGAGAACUCUUUCACCUUUUCCAA